UCAGGCCUGCCAUGUCGUCGCCCGCCGCCUAUAUAUGCCGCGCGCCCCCCAGCUCCCUUCACAGGCCAGCAAGCAGCGAUCGCACACCAGACCAGAGUGCUCAGCGAUCCAACCAAUCCGACAGCCAUCAGCGGCGUCAGCCAAGCCUCCGCGCCGACCGGAUCCUUCUCAGCGGGCGGCACGCCAUGACCAAGGUAAGCAAGCGAGCGAGCGGCCUGGCCAUCCUCUCGGGCUCCCAGUGUCCCCCCUGUUCGGUUGCUCUGCUCCGCGCUCUUCGGCCGCGGAAGAUGAGAUCGACGAGCCGUGCUGUCUUGCUGAACCGACCUUGUUUUGGCCGCAGCAAAAGAUCGUGAUCAGGGUGAGCCUGGCGAGCGAGAAGACCCGGUCCAAGGCCAUGGCGCUGGUCGCCAAAGCGGACGGGGUGAGCUCGAUGGGGGUCACCGGCGACGGCAGGGACCAGCUGGAGGUGGUCGGCGACGGCGUCGACACCGUCUGCCUGGUCCAGUGCCUGCGCAAGAAGAUCGGCCACGCCGAGAUCCUCAAGGUGGAGGAGGUGAAGCCGGCCGACAAGAAACCCGAGGAGAAGAAGCCCGACGACAAGAAGCCGGAGCCGCUGCCGUACUGGUGGUACCACAAUUACUACCACUACCACCCGCAGCCGCCGUGCUGGUGAGGUGGCCCUGGUGGUCGCCACUCGCCAGGCAGCCGUUCAUGGAAGCGGCGGCCGUUUUUGAUGGAUUACUAGUUGGGAAUUGGAAUUCUGCUCAUGCUCGCCUUAUAUGUGUAUUCGAGCUGCUCUGUAUUUGAGUGAAAACAGAAAAAAAAGGCAAAAGGCUGCUACUUGUCCAUAUUUGAUC